CCUCAACAAUUUUGUGUAUGCUCUUCAAUAAUAAACAAAUCACAGCGCCUCUGGUGGUGUAAUCGCACACUAAGUAAAGAUGGCGUCUGUAGCUUUGACUGCUUUGUCCAUGACCAUUGGCUUCUUUUUCAUAUUCAUGGGCUCUAUUAAGCUAACUCCAGCUUUAAACGCAGAUGUAUACAAGGAGAUGAGAAAAAUGUUCAUAAGGGAGGCGAAAGUGUUCCCGUUUGUCAAUCAGACUGGUUGGAAACCCAAUGCACACACAUAUCGUAAGGCAGUAGGUGUAACUGAGGUGCUCUGUGGCUCAACUUUAGCAAUUAUCCCAGGUCCUAUGAAAGAAGUAGCGAAUCUCAUAUUAUUUUUUGAAAUGCUUGGUGCCGUUUACACUCAUUGGGCUCUUAAAGAAGGACUUGAACGUAUGGCCCCAGCACUUGUGUUUUCUUUGCUGUUACUAUGCCGAUAUAUCAUAUACCUACAAUAUCGGGCAAAACUUGAGGAAGAUGAGAGGAUUGAAAUGUUACAGCAGAGGAUUAAGCUGAAAGAAGCUAGUGAAAAGAAAGAGGAUUGAAUAAGAUACAUGGAUGUCAGUUUAUCCGGAUUUAUGCAAUGGUCUUAGGGAUCAGAGGAUAAGCUCCCAACUUGAAAAAGCCUAUAUGAUAAACCAAACUGGAGCGUUCAUACAUGGGGAUGUUUAACUGUUCAUCAGUCAUGCAUGUGAGGAUAGCCCAAAAAGGAAUAUUCUAGAGUUUUCUUUUUAAUGAAUCAGAUGUAGACUUAUUUUCUGUAAUAUUAUAUGGUACAUAAUUUCCUGUAAGGUAAAAAAGGAAGACUCAGCAAAUGAAAAUCUAAGAAAUUGACAAUACUCUAUAAUUAAAGAUACAUGGAAUGCAGGUUUUCUUUUCAGUCCAACUCAGUGGCAGGCUGGAGAUAAAAAUAACAUUCUUAAUAGACCAGAUGCGAGUAGAAAUAAUCUU